CCGAGUGGAGACCAGGGCUCCCUACAGCCAGCCCAUCUUGCGGACGGUAACCCCGUUCACUCCGAGGGUAAUGUCGGUUCCGCUGCCGGCAAACUUUCGGCCGUGGCAGAUCAAGGCCUACAACGGAACGACGGACCCCCAAGAUCAUUUGUCUAAGUUCUAUGCUUCUAUGGAAGCGGCGGCAGGACACCAUUGACGAUUGGGAUACGCUAGCGGAGAAGUUCUUGACGCAUUUCGCAGCCAACCGAAGGCAGAGGCUACCUUACUCCCACCUGCUCAACAUCUGCAUCCGCAAAGGAGAGAAGAUCCGCGACUUCAUAACCCGGUGGGAGAAGGAAGCCAGAGACGUGCACGGGGCGGAUGACCAAGCGUUGGUGGCCAUGUUCCAAGCAGCCCUUCCCCGCGGUGAGGAAUUCGAUGAUGCCCCUGACUCCGAGGCCGCGCCGACCAAGCGAGCUCCCGUAGAUUCAGAGGAGAUAGCGAAGAAGAGGAAGAAGAAGAAAGACUACACUGUGGGCCCGAGGAUGCCCUCGGCGGGUGUGUACUCCGUGGGUGCGCCCGUGGGGACGGGUCGAGAGCUGGCCCUCUCCCCGCUCCCACACGUAGAGACCUAUGCGGUGUCCAGCGGCGCCAAGUACUGCGAGUAUCACCGCAACAACACUCACAACACUAAGGAAUGCUUCACUCUUCAGAAGGAGAUGCAGCGACUCAUCGCCCGAGGGUCGGCUCCGCGAGACGAUGGAGCAGCCCCUUCCCGGGGUCCACCAGAAGGGAGAACAUGGAGGAAGCCGACCGAGCCGGUCGCGGUGGCCACGCAAGCGAGGAACCUCGAGAAGAGGCACAUUGGGCGAGAAUGUGAUGAUCUAGACGAGGACGAAGCCCAAGGAUAUCCGGUGGGGUUCAUCCAUGGAGGAAAUAUCGGUGGGGAUUCCGCCACUCAAAGGAAGAGGUGGAAGCAUAUGGCCUUCGUCGCCAAGGUCCAACAGGCGCCGACGCCCAAGCUCGGAAGACGAGAGCAAAUCCAAUUCACGGAGAAGGAUCUUCCGAACACGCCGAGCCCCCAUCGGGAUGCCUUAGUCGUGAGGAUAGAGAUCAACAACGCCAUAGUGCACCGCACCUUGGUGGACACGGGAAGCUCGGUCAACAUAAUGUAUGAGAAGACCUUCCAAGACCUCGGCUUGGACCGCAAGGACUUAAGGCCUGUGUGCACUCCACUCUCCGGGUUCACGGGCGACUCCAUCGAGGCCGAAGGAGUCAUCGCCGUGCCCGUGAUAGUAGGGGAUGGUGCGCACAAGGCCAAGCUGAAGAUGGAGUUCAUGGUUGUAAGCAUCAACUGCGCGCACAACAUGAUCCUAGGACGGCCCGACCUUGAGGACUUGGAAUGUGUGAUCUCCCCAUACUACUUGUGCAUGAAGUUUCCCACUCCUUCGGGAAUCGGGGUGGCGAGGGGAGACCAAAAGUUAGCUUGAUCGUGCUACGUCCGUAUCACGAAGAAAUUGCCAAGGGAUGA